UUGCGCUGCUUCUGGCGGUGCUUUUGGAGGCCUCCCUGCUCUAUGAAGCACAAUGUGGGGUGACUUAUGAUAGAAAGGCUGUGGUCAUUAAUGGGCAGAGGAGGAUCCUCAUCUCUGGCUCUAUUCAUUAUCCAAGGAGCACCCCUGAUAUGUGGGAGGGGCUAAUACAGAAGGCUAAAGAUGGAGGCCUGGAUGUUAUUCAGACUUAUGUGUUUUGGAAUGGGCAUGAGCCUUCUCCUGGCAAUUAUUAUUUUGAGGGGAGGUAUGAUUUGGUGAGGUUUAUAAAGACAGUGCAGAAGGCAGGUCUCUAUGUCCACUUAAGGAUUGGGCCUUAUGUUUGUGCUGAGUGGAACUUUGGAGGGUUUCCUGUUUGGUUGAAGUAUGUUCCUGGGAUCAGCUUCAGAACAGAUAAUGAGCCUUUCAAGAAUGCUAUGCAAGGGUUCACCCAAAAGAUAGUGCAGAUGAUGAAGAGUGAAUCACUUUUUGAGUCACAGGGAGGUCCAAUUAUCCUCUCGCAGAUUGAGAAUGAAUAUGGGCCAGAGAGUAAAGCCUUUGGAUCUGCUGGCCGCUCGUAUGUAAAUUGGGCUGCAAAAAUGGCGACCGGAUUGGAUACCGGCGUUCCAUGGGUUAUGUGCAAAGAAGAUGACGCCCCAGAUCCAGUGAUUAACACAUGCAAUGGCUUCUAUUGCGAUGCGUUUACUCCCAACAAGCCAUAUAAACCAUCAAUGUGGACUGAAGCUUGGAGUGGCUGGUUCACAGAGUUUGGAGGCACUGUUCGUGAGCGUCCAGUUCAGGAUCUCGCAUUUGCUGUUGCACGAUUUAUUCAGAAGGGCGGCUCAUUUAUCAAUUAUUAUAUGUAUCAUGGAGGAACCAACUUUGGGCGUACGGCUGGGGGUCCAUUUAUAACUACCAGCUACGAUUAUGAUGCUCCCAUUGAUGAAUAUGGAUUAGUUCGAGAGCCAAAAUAUGGCCAUCUAAAAGAACUUCACAGGGCAAUUAAGCUGUGUGAAAAGGCUCUAGUUUCAGCAGAUCCAGUUGUUACUUCAGUGGGCAGUUACCAACAGGCUCAUGUUUUCACUUCCAAAUCGGGAGAUUGUGCUGCAUUCCUCUCCAACUACAAGACAGAUUCAUAUGCACAAGUAAUGUUCAAUAACAUGCACUAUAACUUGCCGCCCUGGUCGAUCAGCAUACUUCCAGAUUGCAAAAAUGUCGUGUUCAACACAGCAAAAGUUGGUGCUCAAACAUCACACAUGCAAAUGUCAAAUGUUAAUUCUGAGUCACUUAUGUGGGAGAGAUAUGAUGAGGAGGUUGCUUCAUUAGCCGAUAGCUCACACAUCACCUCAAAUGGCCUUUUGGAGCAAAUAAAUGUCACGAGGGAUGCUAGUGACUACCUUUGGUACAUUACCAGUGUUGAUAUAAGUUCAAAUGAAGGAUUUCUACGAGGCGGUCAACUUCCAUCACUUCUUGUACAGUCAGCUGGUCAUGCACUUCAUGUCUUCAUUAAUGGCCAACUCUCAGGGUCUGCUUAUGGUAAUCGAGAGAAUAGGAGGAUCACUUACACAGGCAGUGCCAAUCUUCGUGCUGGUACUAAUAAAAUUGCUCUACUUAGUGUGGCGGUUGGACUACCAAAUGUUGGAGCGCACUAUGAGUUGUGGAACACCGGAGUCGUUGGGCCUGUUGUUCUUCAUGGAGUUGAUAAUGGGAAAAGAGACUUAACCUGGCAAACAUGGUCCUAUCAGGUUGGUCUUAAAGGAGAAAAUAUGAAUGUGAACUCACUAGAAGGGACUUCAUCUGUUGAGUGGAUGGAGGGUUCACUAGCAGUUCAAACACAGCAACCAAUGACAUGGUACAGGGCCUAUUUUGAUGCUCCUGCUGGGGAUGAGCCAUUGGCAUUGGACAUGGGAAGCAUGGGAAAGGGUCAGAUAUGGAUUAACGGGGAGCAUAUUGGACGAUAUUGGACAGCAUGGGCACCAAAGGAAGAAUGCAAUGAUUGCAGUUACACUGGAACGUAUAGACCUCCAAAGUGUCAGUCUGGUUGCGGUCAACCAACUCAACGCUGGUAUCAUGUGCCUCGGUCUUGGCUACAUCGAACCAAGAAUCUGAUGGUGAUAUUCGAAGAGCUUGGUGGUGAUGCGAGCAAAAUCGCAUUGGUGAAGAGAUCUGUGUCUAGCGUGUGCUCUCAUGUUUCGGAAUGGCAUCCCGUGAUCAAGAACUGGCACGUUGAUGCCUACGAUCAUCCGGAGGAGGCGCACAGGCCGAAGGUCCACCUCCGAUGUCCCCGUGGGCAGUCAAUAACAGCUAUCAAGUUUGCAAGUUUUGGUACCCCCUCGGGAACAUGUGGAAGCUUCCAGCAAGGAGCGUGUCACUCUCCAAAGUCCUACUACACCCUUGAAAAGCGGUGCAUCGGCCAAGAGAGAUGCGCGGUGACAAUCACCAGCGAUAAUUUCGGAGACCCGUGCCCUAAUGUGUUGAAGAGUGUGGCAGUCGAAGCAGUUUGCUCAUCAGCUGUGAUACCAUGAGAGACCUCGAGCUCCCUCAUCAUGUGAAGAUGGAGCGCUUUACAAUGACAUCUCACGUGGUUUAGAGCUGGCACAUAAUUAAGAAAAAGGAAAACUGAUUUGAUCGAAGUUACAACAUGAUAAUAAAGCUUGAUGGCGAUGUAUACAAAAGGAAGGAGGAGGUUGUUGGUGGGUAGAUGGUGGAUAACAAACUUUGUUAUCUACCCUUGUAUUUAUUCUUAGUGAGCGGAAAGUGGUCUCUUUGGCUCUCAUUGGAUUCCCUUUGAAGAAGAGUAAAGGGGAAAAGAGAAGCGUUAGAAGUUGUUUUUUCUUUUUCUCUUUUUGUCAUUGAAUGUCUUGUUCAAUUGCUUCACUUUAUUUCAUUCUCUUCGUAACCAGUAAUUUAUGUAAGAGGUGUAAGUACAAUUGUUGUAUUGUUAUAAUUAUCAUUGUUGUUGUAUGUUUAGUGGAUGAAUGAAUGAAUGGAAUUUUAAAGGUU